GCCAGGUACAGUGCUAGGUUAGAGUGGAGAAGCGGAGAUGAGUGACACACAUGCCUGUCUCUUCCCCUUCCCUUUGGGCCUUAUAUUUGGAUCCAGUGGAGGAUCAUCCCUGAGAUUCAAUGUUGGCCUUCUGAAAUGCAGGAUGUCUGAUGGCAGGCUAUGGCAAUCUUCCAAGGCCCUUUCUCUUUCCUGUCUCAGGAACUCAAACAUGACCAGGAAGAUCUUCACAAGUACCAGGGAGCGGUGGAGGCAGCAGAACGUCAACAGCGCCUUUGCCAAGCUGAGGAAGCUCAUCCCCACACACCCUCCAGACAAAAAGCUGAGCAAAAAUGAAACGCUUCGCCUGGCAAUGAGGUACAUCAACUUCUUGGUCAAGGUCUUGGGGGAGCAAACCCUGCAGCAAACUGGAGUGGCUGCUCAGGGAAACAUUCUGGGACUCUUCCCCCAAGGAUCCCACCUGCCGGACAAGACUCUACUCGGUGACUACCAGGUUCCUUCACUUGAACCAAGCCACAGCAUUGCGUAGCGGGGCUCUGGCUGUCCUCACCCAGGGCAGCAAUUGCUCAGAAGCCACUGGCUGUCGACAGCCUUUUGCAUGUUCCAGUGUCAACUUGAUGAAUAAUUUGUGAGGCAUGCAUUUAAGCUUCAAGGAGGUGGUUCAGGGACAGCUGCAGGGAGCCAGACAGAGGCCAUGAGGAAGAUGGCUUUGGAGUCUGCCACCCGCAGAGCUCCAGGCAGAGCAGCCUGCCUCUAUUUUAUGGAUCCAGGAUCUGC